ACAUCACUCGCAGACGUUCCGAAAUAUUUGCAUAUUUUAUUAAGAGAAGUAAUCCGUUAAACAGUUAAUUGUAAAUAAGUUGUUCUUGUUUAGGUUAUUAAAGUUCUUUUUUGUUAAAACGAGUGGUUGCGCGUAAUAAUUUUGGAAGUUUUCCGGGAUACGAUAUCAUUUUUUUUUUUAUCGAGGCAUGACUUCACAUAAGAAAUACGAAAGUUUAUGAGUGGAAGAAGGGAGAAAGAAAGAGAUAUAAACGCUCACUCUCCUUGUUCGAAAGCUUCAGGAGGAACUUAAACAACAGCACAAGAAACUCGAAAUGCACAGGAGGUAAAAUGAUGAACAUAUUGCACAAACAGAGGUUCGUCCCCGUAUUUCAGGAGGGAAACCAUACUUGAUAAGUAUUAAUGAUCCAGUUAGAAGAGAUUUUUCGAUUGAAGCAAAUUAAAUAAAUCUAAUGCAGAGGAAUAUAGAAAAUUUCGAAAAUCCUUUAGUGGAAUAAAAUCUUUUAGAUGUAAGGAUGAAUUCAGAUAUAAGGAUGUUUCCCUAAUAAGUCCAAUAUUUAUCAAUCAUAUAUUAGAAAAGAGCUCUUUGUUAGCAAUAAGAUUGCAAUAUUCAACUGAAGAAGUUUUGUUGACUAAAGAAAAUGUGGAAUCUUUAGUAGAAUUAGGAGCAGUAUUUGAAAGGAUAUUUUUAAUGAUAGUAGAUAUUACAGAUGAUUGUAUGUUAGGGCGCGAUUUUUUAUCAAUUAUCAGGAUUAGAUAUGCAAUUUCGAAAAGUUGUUAUGGAGAAUUCAGAUUCGGUAGCGAGGAUUUCAGAAGAGCUGUUAAAUAAUUUGAAUAAUGUUCUUUAGGAGAAUUCUGGAAAUCUUUUGAAGGAGAAUUUUUUCAAAUUCAUCCAAAAAUUUUCAGAAAAGUUUGCGAAGGAUAUUGUUGAGGGAAAUUGCAUAAUUGUAGGAUAUGCUAUAGAGCUGACUCUUGCCCUAUAAAAGAAGUUCCUCGAAGAAUACCACUUCAAUUAAAAGGACAAACGGAUCAAAUUAUUAGAGAUAUGAGGAAACUGUGAAUGAUAAAAGAAUCUUCUAAUCCUUGGGUCUUCCCAGCGGUAGUAGUACUGAAAAAAGAUGGUUCCUGGAGAUUUUGCGUGGACUAUAGGAAAUUGUACAUAGUAACAAAGAAGGAUAUAUAACUGUUAUCACGAAUAGAUGAUCUGCUCGAUUGUUUGUUCGGAAGCGCAUGGUUUACGAUUCUUGAUCUUAAAAGUGGAUACUGACAGAUAAGAAUUCGUCAAGAAGACAAAGAAAAGACAGCGUUCUCAUUAGGGAAGGAACUUUAGCAAUUGAAAAUAAUAUUUUUUCAAUUGCUAAAUUGUCUAAUGCUCCAGCCACAUUCGAACGUCUGAUGGAAUAUGCCUUGAGGACUUACAAAAUUGAAUUGGUCUGAUUACCUAGACGACAUAAUUAUUUAUAGUCGAACUUUUGAAGGUAUGCUAGAAAAUUUACAAAAGAUUUUCACAAAACUACAUGCGACAGAAUUGAAAAAAAAUCAUAAAAAAUAUAAACUGUUCGAGAGAGAAAUUAAUAUUAAUAUUAUUAAUAUCAACUAUUAAUAUUACUGUUCAACUAUUAUAUUAUUUCUACUACUACUGAUGAUGAUGAUGAUGAUGAUGAUGAUGAUGUACUUAAAUAUUAUAUGGGACGCUGGGAGAAAAAUCUCGUAGAUAAUAUGGAAUCUUACGCUUAAUAUAAGAUGAUAAAAAAGAAUAUCGUUUCAUUAUAAUGUUCAUAUAUUAAAUAUAUAUAGUUUAAGAUAAUGUGGAUGUGAAAUAAGUGAUAAACUCAUUUUUUUGAAAUUUUGACUUAGACCACUUUCAUAAUUAUGGGCACAUAUGUGAAAUGGAAGAUUAUAGCGUUAGUUGUGUACAUGUAUGAAAUAAGUCAAUCGACAAUUAAACAACGGAUAGAAGGUUCUACCGUUAGUUAAUUAUGUGUGUGUGCAUGAGAUAAGUUAGUCAACGAUCGAAUAAAAAAUGAUCUGCCCUUUGUGAAAUGUAUUUGUCUACGAAAAGAAGAGAAGGAGCUAAGAUAUUAGGAAUAAGAGAGAAUAAGAUGGAAGUACAGCGUGAGUGAAAUAAGCAAAAAAGCACAAAUAGAAUAAAGAACGAUAAAAAUUACCGAAUGCAUAUGCACGAAUGUGAGUGAGGAUAAGAAAGGAUACGGGGUAGAUGUGAGAAAAAGAACAACAAAAAAGGCUUGGUCUACUCAAGUAUACGUGACUUCACGAGCCAGCGGCCGAACUCACAGUACACGUGACUUCACGCAAUCGUCAGUUACCGGCUGGGUUCAUGUAUACAAAUAUUUGCAAAGCGUCAGUUGCUUAUUGUUCAUCCAUUGUUUGUCUACUGAGUAUCGGUUAGGACUACGAAGUAUCGAUUACUAUAUCUACUAACUAUAAUAUCUAUCUGUUUAUGUCCAUCUAUCUACCUAUCUAUUUAUAUUCAUAUAAAUAUCCAAUCCUCAAAAAUCAGUAAAAGUGAUGACGAGAUAUACGCCGAUAACCUGUCAAAUGUUAGUGCGCCAGAAUCAAAUGACAGCGAAGAUUCAGAUAGUGGAAGCGAAAUUCUUGUUAGAAAAUUGAAAAAUUUUAUGAAGCCAGUAAUAGAUUUCGAUGAGGAUAGUAGUACUUUCGACAAAGAGGAAAUGGAAUGGACCCGAACAAACGGCACCGGUAAUAUACAAAACUAUAAGGAACAAGUAGGAGUGCAAAUACCGCUUGAUGAAUGGAGCAUACAAUCAGCUGUAGACCUUUUCUUUGGUGAAGAUUUAAUGAAAUUAUUCGUAACUGAAACGAAUCUAUAUCACAAACGGCAACAAAUUGAUAUUGAAGAAAGUAAAGAUAGGAAGUGGACGCUGAGGAGAUGAAAAAAUUUCUCGCUUUAAUAAUUCUGAUGGGAUUAGUAAAAAAGUCAGAAAAAGAUGAAUACUGGUCAACAAGUCCAUUAAUUUGCACACCAAUUUUCGGAAGUCGUGCCAAGAAAUAGAUUUCGCCAAAUUUGGAAAUACUGACAUUUCAACAAUAACGAACCGAUUGGACAAGAUUAAACCCAUAACAGACCAUUUCAAACAUAAAUUUCGAACUAUCUAUAAACCAACAAAAGAAUUAUCAUUAGACGAAGCCGUUAUACCAUUGCGCGGAAAGCUUUGCUUUCGCACUUAUAAUCCUGACAAGAUUGUCAAGUACGGAAUAUUAGUACGCAUGUUGUGCGAAGCACGAUCUAGUUACAUUUGUAACUUUGAUAUAUAUUGUGCCUGGGAAAUAAAACUAAAAGAAACCAUAUUGUCGGUACUGUCACCGUACCUUUACUUGUGGCAUGAUAUCUAUAUGAAUAAUUACUACAAUAGUGUAGCAAUCACAGAAGAGCUACUAAAAAAACAAACAAAUGUGUGCGGAAUAUUACGAAAGAAUAGAGGUGUACCACACUGUUUGAAAAAUAUAAAUUUAAAGGAGUUCGGCACGGACUUUUGCAGGAAAGGUAAUACCCUUGUGCAGGCAUUUCGAACUAAAAAAAAAACAUUAUAUAUGAUUUCAAGUAUACACACGGCAAAUAUGGUUGAAAUCACAAGCCCAAGAACAAACAAGACCGUGAAAAAACCGACCUGUGUUGUCGAAUAUAAUAAGUACAUGAAGGACGUAGACCGUGCAGACCAAUACUUGUCGUAUUACUCAAUUUUAUUCAAAACAAAGAAGUGGACGAAGAAAGUUGUGCUAUAUUUUAUAAAUGCUGCCUUGUUUAAUGCAUACCAAAUUUAUGUCAAAAGUUCAAAAAGUCAUAUUAGAUUCAAAAAAUUUCUGUUACAUGUUGUGAACAUAUGGUUAAGCACGAAGAUUGAAAUGGAGAAACCAGAAUCAGGACCUUCUUCGAUGUAUAUCCCAAGAGCUCCAAAGUGCGAUCCGGUAGACAGAUUGUGUUCGGAAAUGCGGAAUCAUAAACUUGUCCGCAUCGUAGGAAGAGGGAAAAUAAAAAACCCGCGAAGACCAUGCAGAAUAUGCUCCACAUCAAAAAAAAGAAGCUCAACUGCAUUUAUGUGCUUCUCAUGUAGUGUUUCGCUGCACGUUGGACUGUGCUUUGAAAAAUAUCAUACAAAAUCAAAAUACUAAACUAAUUGUUUAAAAACCAGUAUGCCGAGUAAUUAUUAUAUGAUUACAUUUUUAUUUUUUUUAUUUUUAUAUUUAGUUAUUAUAUUUUGUAUAUUUAUAUAGUAUAGUACAUUAUUAUUAUAUUUUAGUUUAUUAUAUCAUUGUUAUAUGAUAUAUUUUGGUUAUUAAAUACUGUUAAUUGAUGAAUUAUGUGACAAUAUAUCGCCAGCAUACCUUCCUCAAAAGCCUGCCAAUUUGUCACAAAGCUGACAAAAUGUACCAGCGGUAAGCGCAACUCUUUUUCCAAAACGUGCGGAAACAAAUACAGAGUAAAGAGAAGAUAAGGUGGUUUUGACUAGAACGAAUAAAGAAAAUGUA